GUGUGGCAGCUCGCGGGCGGCGCAUUCCAAUGUGAGCGAGAUGUAACCGCUGUGCGGACUUUGUGUUUCCAACCCGUCUUCAGUCGCAGUUUGAGGAAGAAAAGGAAAAUGUCCAACUUGAAGGAGGCGAACAGUUGUCCUGACGGUUAUCGAGCUCUGAGCACCGCGGAGCUACGCGAGCUCCUCCAGAACGACGACAAAAUGGACCAAAUCAUUCGACUCAACGAGAAGUUUCAGGAUCUUCAAGUGGACAGAGAGACGCUGCUCACCUCCAACCGGAGCUUGGCCGAGGAGAGUCUGGCUGAACAACCCCGCCUUAAUAAUGGCAAACUCCAGCUGGCAGAGAAGUACAACAAACUGUCCAACCUGGUAACCACAUGCUGGGAAAAACAGAGUCAACUGGAAGCUCGCGGCCAGAAGCACAGCCUGCAGACUGUGCAGAACCUUCUGCAGGAGGAGGUGGCACGUGCUGAGGAGCAUUCAGAGGAGCUGCUGGAGAAGUUCAUGGAAGGAAACGUAAGCCUGGAUGAGUUCUUGGACUCCUUUCAAAGCUCCAGGAAGAUGUAUCACAUCCGCCGGGCUCAAGCAGAGAAAAUGCAAGAGGUCGUUCAAGCCAAGAAGCAGCUGGGCAAAACCAAGAGAGCGGAGGGGAGUGGAGCUCCAGAAGUGAAGAAGGACUCCGAGCAGCCUCAAGAGCCCCAGAGACCCAACGGCUUCGUGGCUCAGGGGCCUCUAAGGGUGUUCCAAGUACGUUACGGCCUCACGCCAGCCAUCCUCCUUCCUCAUUACCCAGUUUCUCCUCCUGGCUCUGCUCCAGGCCAUCAAAGUAGCACUCCCACUCCUGAACCUCAUGUGGGACAGACCCACAUCCUCAGUCCCAGCAACCCACUUCCAGGACACGGCCAGCCGGUCGGCCUCAGGGUCAUCGGACAGCUGCCGGGCGGCUGGCCGGCUAACGGGCGGCCGGUGCGAGUACAGCAGCUUUACAGACCGAACUCUCAGCAGCCUGAGCCGCCAUACCGAUAAAAGACAAAGACGUCUGGAGAGGUCUUCCAAGAUGUGGCUGUCACAUUCAUGUAAGCAAAGACUGACCCGGAGACAGGCGGCACCACCAACCUCGCUUUCUGUUCUCCAUCCAUGACACAUGUAAACACUGAGAGACGACUGGCAGAGCGGAGGUAGUGAGGCAUCAGGUGGCGGACGGGAAGCUCCAGGGAUGGGCGGCUGUAGCCACUUCAUUUUUAGUCCGGUAAACAAAUCUCGUCCGAGGCGACCACACAUCCCAGUUUAAUACUUUUUAUUAUUAAGAGCAAAGAAAAACCUGCAGAGAUCAGUUUUAUGUCACUGGCUGCAGAAAAGCAGCUGGUUAAAAAUCUCCUCCUGGUUUGGGAACAUUUAAUUAACAUUUUAUAAAUCAUGCCACUCAGCUUGUUCUCAUUAACCCUUAAAACUCCAAGCCUUUUUUUUUCAUGUAAAACUGCCUGUAGAAGCUGAAGCAUUUAAUCCCAGUCAGCAUGUUUUCAGCCUCAGUUGUCAGAUUGAGACUAAAAUGAUGUAAAAUGAACGUAUGAAUAGAUAUAGCGGCAUAAAGGCCGACCAGAGCAAGAAAGCAGAAUUAAUUACUGAUAGAACUUUAUAGAAACACAGAGAUCAACAGUGACCAAGCCUUUUCUCAUCUGCACAUCAUUCUCUCAAGUCUUGGCUUUCAGGAGAAAAAAUAUUGGCAUUAAAGCAAACACACAACAGAAACUACUUACAUAUUUACAC